GGAAAGCGGCGGGAGCGUUUGUGCUGGGCAUGCGCAGUAGGCCUGUUCCGCCGCGCGCCGCGAGCGGUUUCCGGUGUUGGCGGCGGAGCGUGCGGGCUUCCGCGUCUUGGCGGCGGCCCGCAGGGAACCGGAAGGCGCUUCCGAGCCCGCGAGCCGGCGGCGGAAGCGGAAGCAGGAAGCCCUUGCCUCAAGUGUCUGGAGCUCAGAGGUGCGGCCCAGGGGAGGGAACUGUGGCUAGUUGCGCAGCGGCAUCAGAGCUCCAGAGCUAUCUGGAGGAGCUGCGGGCCCUGGGCUUCCCCACCCAGGGACUUCACAUCCUGGAGAUCGGAGAAGACAGCUUGAUUGUCAGUCCCGAGCGUGUAUGUCAGUCCUUGGAGCAGGUGCUGCUUGGUACCAUAGCCUUUGUGGAUGUUUCCAGCUCCCAGCCUCACCCGUCUAUCUGCUCCCUGGACCAGCUUCAGCAUAUGAAGGCCCUGAUGGCUGAGAUCAUCACGCAUCUGCAAGGGCUGCCGAAGGACCUGUCCGUGGCAGUCUCCUGCAGCAGACUUCGUUCCUCAGACUGGAAUCUCUGUACUGUGUUUGGGAUCCUCCUGGGCUAUCCUGUUCCGUAUACCUUUCAACUGAACCAGGGAGAUGACAACUGCUUAGCCCUGACCCCACUACGGGUGUUUGCUGCUCGGAUCUCAUGGCUGCGUGGUCAUCCCCCAGUCUUGCUGUAUUCCUUUAGUGUCCCAGAGAGCUCGUUCCCAGCCCUGAGAGAGACUCUAAAUACUUGGGAGGAAGACCUUAGAACUCGAUGUAGGGCUCAGAAUGACUUUGCCGACCUGAGCAUCUCCUCCGAGAUAGUCACGCUCCCAGCAGUGGCCCUCUGA